UUCCCCUUUUGGCCGCGCGUCACCCGCCGCCCUCCAGAAGCGCUUCCAGCGAUUUAGGAAACGAACGAACGAGUGGUGGUGGUGUUGUUUGCUGUAUGUGUGUGAGUGUGGGGGAAAGCCAUCGCCAUCUGGGAUGAACCUCAAAGUGAACAUGGAAGUUGUUGAGAGCGUCGCGUCGUAAAUGAAACGAAACGAGACCGUUGCAAUUUGAACAGCAGAAGAAGCAGCAGCAGCAAAACCGGCGUCCGUCCAUCAGUUUGCUCAUUGUUGCCGCCACAGUCGUACAUUUGAGUCAGGUACAAACGGGUACAAACGGAAAGAUCGGUAUCGAGAGUAGUGAGUGGUUGUGCGCGUGAGGUAGGUGGCUUCAACCCGGCUGAAGCACCGCAGAGAGGAUCGGCGAAUUUUGUGCAGGGACGCCACGGGCGUGGCUGACCAGUUGAACAUUACUCAUCAUCAACGUUGAAACGACGAGGGAUUUGUUCUUGCAAUAAUCAUCAUUGAGCAGCAGCAGCAGCAAAGAACAACAAUAAAGAGAAAAGAAUAGAGUGUUGUUUACAGUAAACAAAUGCAAUGCAUCAGACCUCUGGCCAUCUGUCACCGGACCGCAGCCAGUUAACUUGAUCUCUCUCCCUUCUUCGCUUUCUUCGUUCGAAUUUUUAAACUGCAGAAACAACGUGCAUCAGAACGGCGCAACCAUUUUUUCGCUCGCUCAAUCCGCGUGUGUUAGAUGUCCAGGCGAUACUCCUAAUUUGACCGGUGAGGAUACAAACAGCUUUUGCUCAACAAUGAGUGGCACCAACAUCAACGUUACCGUGCCAACCACGCAGACGACGGCGACGAUCAAGUCGCGGCCGAACAUUAUGCCCAGCAGUUACAUGUACACAUCGAGCAGUGGCCUGUUGAACAGGAACUCUGAAAACAAGCCGGCCCCACCUCCCACACUGCCCAAGUACACAUCAAGCUUCAAUGCAGGCAGUGGCUUGAACCGUGACAGGGACAAGGAGAGCAUCGGGGGCUCCUACCGUCUCUCCAGUCUGGAUAGGCUAGCACUUAGACAGAAAAUCAUGGACCAAAAUUCAUCGAACACAAAUGGAACCCAGCCCAUCGUAACCCAAACCAAUGGUAGUUCCACCCCAGAGACAACCACUUCCUCAGUGCAGAGCAAGAGGGAGAUGUUCUUUAAUUCCACUGACGCACCCACACCCAAGCAGGACUCGAACAGAUUCAAGCCAGCACCCACAGAUAAACCGGCAGAGCCCCCAAAGUCCAGCCCUCCGGAAACCACCAAAGAUGAAGGUAAAGAGACAACUGCUGCUGCUCCAGAAGCACCAGCCACUAAAGAAAGACCCAAGACUAGAGAACUUGAUGGUUAUGUGGGUUUUGCAAACCUCCCCAACCAAGUGUAUCGUAAAGCUGUCAAGAAAGGCUUUGAAUUUACUUUAAUGGUGGUGGGAGAAUCCGGACUGGGUAAAUCCACACUAAUUAACUCAAUGUUUUUAACUGACAUUUACAAUUCCAACGAUUACCCUGGACCCACCCAGAGGCUCAAAAAAACUGUAGCUGUAGAAACGACAAGUAUAUUAUUGAAUGAAAAUGGAGUUAACCUGCAGUUAACUAUGGUGGACACUCCAGGAUUUGGAGAUGCUGUGGACAACAGUAAUUGCUGGGUACCAAUUAUUGAAUAUAUUGAGAGCAAGUAUGAAGACUUCUUGAAUUCCGAAGCAAGAGUGACAAGGAAGCAGACCCCUGACCAGAGAGUCCACUGCUGUUUGUACUUCAUCCAGCCAUCAGGGCAUGGCCUGAAAUCUCUGGAUAUUGAGUUCAUGAAACGCCUUUGUGAUAAAGUUAAUAUAAUUCCGAUAAUUGCUAAGGCCGACACGCUCACGUCGGACGAGUGCGCGCUCUUCAAGAAGCAAAUAUUGAACGAGAUCGCUCAGCACAAGAUUAAGAUUUACGAAUUCCCGGAUCCGCCCGAAGAAGAUGAUGACCAUAAGCUCAAUAAAUCGCUCAGUGACCGCGUGCCGUUCGCCGUGGUCGGCUCCAACGUCGUUAUAGAAGUGGACGGGAAGAAGGUGAGAGGAAGGAAAUAUCCGUGGGGAAUCGCCGAGGUGGAGAAUCUGGAGCACUGUGAUUUCAUAGCACUGAGAAACAUGGUGAUCCGCACGCAUCUGCAGGACCUGAAGGACGUGACCAACAACGUGCAUUACGAGAACUACAGAUGUCGCAAGCUCGCCGGACUCGGGGUGGACGGCAAGCCGACAAGGAUAUCGAACAAGAAUCCUCUGGCGCAGAUGGACGAGGAGAAGCGCGAGCAUGACCAGAAAAUGAAGAAGAUGGAGGCUGAGAUGGAGCAGGUGUUCGAGAUGAAGGUGCGCGAGAAGAAGCAAAAGCUGAAGGACAGCGAGGCGGAGCUGACCAGGAGACACGAAUCUACGAAGAAACAGUUGGAGCAGCAGGCCAAGGAGCUGGAGGACAAGCGCAAGACGUUCGAGAUGGAGAAGGAACAAUGGGAGAAGGAGAAUCAAGUGACCAUGGAGGAGCUACGACGAAGGUCUCUUGAGGGCAGCAGAGAGGCCGUCGACGGUAAAAAAGAGAAAAAGAAGAAAGGGCUUUUCUAGAAUGUUGUCUUAUUUUAAGCGAGAUGAUUAUUAAGGCUACACUUAAAAAAAUUGCGCUUUUUUUUAAUAUUUGAGCCUAUUUUCCCCCCAUCAUUUCCAAGUGAAAAAAAUCAGCUUACUGCAGAUAUGAUUUUCGUUUUAUAUAUAAACCAUAUUAUAUAUAUAUAUUAAUU